AUGGCCGCGAAACUGAUUGAUCGACGAUUCCAUAAUGUUUCAGGCAAACUUCGGGUUUCCGAGCUGUUCUUCGAUGUCCCUGUGGACUACAGCAAGCCUGCCGGAGAAAAGCUGAGGCUCUUUGCACGAAGUAUCAGUCGCUGGAACAAACCUAUUGAGCCUGCUAAAGAGGAGGGCAAGGAAGCCAAAGAGGGAAAGCUUCCUUGGCUGGUCUAUCUGCAAGGUGGCCCUGGCUUUGGAUGUGGUGCCCCGCAGUCUUACCCCUGGGUGGAAUUCGUGCUCAGCAAGGGUUAUCAGGUGCUCUUUCUGGACCAACGAGGCACUGGCCUCAGUUCGACUCUCACAGCUGGAACCCUUGCCCGCCAGGGGGAUGCAAUCAAGCAGGCUGAGUAUCUCAAGAAUUUCCGUGCAGACAGCAUUGUCCGUGAUUGCGAGGCCAUUCGAGAUGUCUUGACACAGGACUAUCCGACUGACCAGCGCCGGUGGAGUAUCCUUGGGCAAAGUUUCGGUGGCUUCUGUGCCGUGACUUACCUGUCAAAGUUCCCGGAGGGUCUGAGAGAAGCUUUCCUUACUGGUGGCCUUCCCCCGCUUACGAACGGACCGGAUCCUGUCUACACAAAGACCUAUGAGAAGGUCAAGGAGAGAAACGAGGCUUACUACCAGAAGUUCCCUGAGGAUGUGGACCGUGUUAAGAACAUCAUGCAAUACCUGACCCAAAACAAGGUUGCAUUGGCAUCCGGAGUGCUCACUCCGUCUCGCUUCCAGCAACUGGGAAUUAUGUUCGGCUUUCAUGAUAUUGUUGUCAGAGUCACCAACGACUUGGAGAUGUUCGGAUUCCUUACUCUGCCGACUCUUUCCGUGAUUGACAGCAAUGGCGGUAUGGACAAAAACAUCAUCUAUGCCGUUCUGCACGAAUCAAUCUACUGCCAAGGAAAGCCGUCGCUCUGGGCUGCAGACAGGCUGCGCGCUAGCGACCCGCAAUUCCAGAUCAAUGGCUCGCUGCCUGAGAUCUACUUCACCGGCGAGAUGGUCUACAAGGAUAUGUUCGAGUCCUACUCAGAACUUGCAAAGCUCAAGGAAGCCGCUGAAAUUCUGGCUACGACAGACGAAUGGCCGGCCCUGUAUGACGAAGCUCAACUAGCAAAGAACAAGGUGCCGGUCUAUGCUGCAACUUACAUCGAUGAUAUGUAUGUUCACUUUGAUCUGGCUACAUCCACAGCUGCCAAGAUCAAGAACUCCAAGCAGUUUAUCACCAACACCAUGUAUCACGAUGCACUGCGCAGCAAGUCAGGUGAGGUCAUGCGUCAGCUCUUUAACCUGAGGGAGGACACUUUGGAUUAA